AUGCAUCUUCUCGCAACCUCCACCUUACUGGCAGUCAUCAUAGCAACAACCUCCGCAGCACAAUACAAAAACUACACCGAAUUCGACCUCUUCAAAAACACAGGCUUCGUACCUUGUCCUGUCAACGCCAAAGCCACAAACGAUGCAUCUACCACUGAUUUCGCUGCCUCUCGUUGGGUCACCACCCAAGAACAAGUCUGCAGAUACAUGGCCGGAACCCCGAUCAUAAUUCCUACAACGCCAUCUCAGACAGCUUUCUUUCCAUGGUAUCCGACAUACCUUCUCCAAGCUGUAUCGCUUUCCCUAUCCUAUCUUGGUCUCUGGCUCACCUUACGGAGUAUGACCAAGCAGCAAGGAACCCCCUCGGUGCGAAUCCCUCGUCUAUUUUGGAUUCAGUUGCCGUUCGAUGCCGUCCGUAUUAUUGCCUUCCUCUUCAAAGCCAUCCACGGAUUUGCGGAUGAGAAACGCCUCGCAUGGAUCAACGUCCUUCUAUGGCUUCUCCCAUUCACAUACGUCUUCAUCACCCUUCUAGCAGCUCAAGAACAGAGCACGUCACGACAAUACGUUUACACACCCACUCCCCAAGGCCUAGAGUUCCAAACUUCAGACCACCCGGAACACAAGAUCCAGUCCGCCACCGAAGUACAAGCGCUCUCACUCACACAACCAAAGGCAUGGAAUGGCAUCCCAACCCGCUGGAAAGUCAUCCUCAUUUCCUCUAUUCUCGCCACCAUCCUCCUCCUCACCUUCUCUUUGGCAACAGUGAUAGAACACUGGCAGUUCCGCUGGAUUUCUCCCUCCACUGCGCUUGAUAAACAAACAUAUAUACCCAUACCCAACGCCGUCAGCAAUCCCAGUACCCUGGGACAGCUUCCGAACACCUGCCUCGAAUAUCUCUCCUCUGACACACUCCAGCAUACAGAAUUCUUCCAUCAGGAUAGCGAAAGAAAGGCAUUUGCAGUUAUUACAACUCUGCAACUUGUCUUUUCUCUCUUCUCCCUCUCUGCCAUCUUUCGUGGAAACAAAACCCUGCUUUCUCGUUCCUCCCAGGUGCUCAUCAUCAACGCGGCGAUAACGUGCCUUGGGUUAUUUAUACCUGCAUUCGCGGUCGGCAUGCUGAUUGUGAAAGAGAAAGGCGCGGUUCUCAGGUUUACGAAUGAUCUGGAGGUAACUGGGGGUUGCACGUUUGCGUUUUUGGGAAUGAAGAGGGAGGUGGGGUAUUGGGAUGUACCGUACGAGUUCGGGUUCAGGGUUGCAAUGAGCUUUUUUGGUGCUGCGUAA